GCAUUUUUUUGUUAAACCCUAGUGUUCUGUUUGGUUUCCGAGAAAGCUGUGGGAAAAAAAGAAAAGUAAAAGAAAUUGAAGUUGUUCUGUCGUUGUCGUUUAGUUUUUCGGGAAAUGGAAUUUACUAUUUAAUAUUCAACUCUUUCGAAUUUUCAAAAUUUUUGUGAGACUAAGCAAAGAGAAAUGUUCAAUUUUCUUCGUUUUUUUUUUUGUGUGUUCCCCUUCCGAUUCUCACUGACGUAACGGAUCACACAAAGACUGGAGCUGGAAAAGAAAAGGAUAAUAUAUGGAGGGCGGCGCAGGAAGAGGUUUGGAAUGCCAGAAGAUUAUGGAUGGGAAGGUGAAUGAGAAUGGGAAUGUUUUGGAUAAGACUAUUAUCCCUUCCUGUUGCUUGAAAUCCAGGGCUUCAGACACUGAGCUUGACGCUAAAUGCCAUGCCACAGUUGUUUCUGGAUGGUUCUCGGAACCUGGGUCCCGCUCUGAUAAAGCUGGCAAGCGACUGUAUUUCAACAAUCCAAUGUGGCCAGGAGAAGCACAUUCACUGGAAGUUAAAAACAUUUUGUACAAGGAAAAGUCAGAGUACCAAGAGAUCCUGGUUUUUGAGUGCUCAACGUAUGGGAAAGUGCUUGUGCUUGAUGGUAUUGUUCAGUUGACUGAGAAAGAUGAAUGUGCCUAUCAGGAGAUGAUAACUCAUCUUCCCCUUUGUUCAAUUCAAUCCCCCAAAACUGUUCUGGUUGUAGGUGGGGGUGAUGGUGGAGUUCUUAGGGAAAUUUCUCGCCACAGUUCUGUGGAGCUCAUUGAUAUUUGUGAGAUUGAUAAGAUGGUUAUAGAUGUUAGCAACAAGUUUUUCCCAGAGUUAUCUAUUGGCUUUGAGGAUCCUCGUGUGCAACUCCAUAUUGGUGAUGCUGUUGAAUUUUUACGUCAUGCACCUGAAGGAAAGUAUGAUGCAAUUAUUGUUGAUUCAUCAGACCCUGUGGGACCUGCCCAAGAACUUGUGGAAAGGUCAUUUUUUGAGAUGAUAGCGAGAGCGUUGAGGCCUGGUGGUGUUCUAUGCAACAUGGCCGAAAGUAUGUGGCUUCACACACAUCUUAUUCAUGACAUGAUCUCUAUUUGCCGUGAAACAUUCAAGGGUUCUGUUCACUACGCUUGGACAAGUGUUCCCACAUAUCCAAGUGGUGUGAUUGGAUUUUUGAUAUGCUCAACGGAGGGACCACCUGUGGAUUUUAUUCAUCCUAUCAAUCCUAUUGAAAAUAUAGAGGGAGCACUCAAGCAUCAAAGAGAACUAAGGUUUUACAGCUCUGAGAUGCACGCAGCUGCCUUUGCCUUACCAUCAUUUCUCAAGAGGGAGGUUCCUCUUCUUCGUGAUUCUCCAACCCCGGCUAAAUGAAUUUGUGCUACUUAGUAAAUAUUUAGCAGCCCUUAUUUAUUGCUCUGAUAAAUGUAGACUCACCUACGAUGGAAUUUAUGUGUAGCAAGCAUAGAUGCAACACUUUAUUAUGAACACUAGAAAAAUCAUAUUGCUAUGAAACCUUUAUUAUUAACACUAGAAAAAUCAUAUUGCUAUGAAACCAAUUAUCUAAUAACUGUCUCAUUGUAUUCAGUGGAUUGAGGGUGUUAUUGGUGAUUUGGUCCAAGUAAACUACUGCUGGUAGAUGAUGGUUUUGAACU